CCGAGCCGGCGCGGCUGCGCGGAGGGCCGGGGCGGACGCAGGGCACGUCGUGGUCCACCGCCUCCCCCCCUCCCGCACGUGCGCCCUGUGUCGUCAGCGCGCCCGGAAGCGUCCAGACGGCGAACAUGGCGGCGUCCGCGGCCGGCCUGGGUGGCGGCGGCGGCGCCGGUCCGGGGCCCGAGGCCGGAGACUUUCUGGCCCGCUACCGCCAGGUGUCGAACAAGCUGAAGAAGCGGUUCCUCCGGAAGCCGAACGUGGCGGAGGCCGGCGAGCAGUUCGCACAGCUGGGCCGCGAGCUGCGCGCCCAGGAAUGCUUGCCGUACGCAGCCUGGUGCCAGCUGGCCGUGGCGCGCUGCCAGCAGGCGCUGUUCCACGGGCCCGGGGAGGCGCUGGCGCUCACCGAGGCCGCGCGCCUCUUCCUGCGGCAGGAGCGCGAAGCGCGCCAGCGCCUCGUCUGCCCCGCCGCCUACGGGGAGCCACUGCAGGCCGCCGCCAGCGCCCUGGGCGCCGCCGUGCGCCUGCACCUGGAGCUCGGCCAGCCGGCCGCCGCCGCCGCCCUCUGCCUCGAGCUGGCCGCCGCCCUGCGCGACCUGGGCCAGCCGGCCGCCGCCGCCGGCCACUUCCAGCGCGCCGCUCAGCUGCAGCUGCCCCAGCUGCCCCUGUCCGCGCUGCAAGCGCUCGGCGACGCUGCGUCCUGCCAGCUGCUGGCGCGCGACUACAACGGCGCCCUGGCGGUCUUCACGCGCAUGCAGCGCCUGGCACGCGAGCACGGCAGCCACCCGCUGCAGCCGCCCCCGCCGCCGCCGCCGCCGCCGCCGCCGCCGCCGCCGCCGCCCGGGCCCCAGCCGGGCUCCAGCGCGGCCCCCGCCCCGCCGCCGCUCGCGCUGCUCCCCCCCGGCGCCGGCUCCGCGACCGUCGCGCCCUCCCCGGCCGCGCUGGGCGCCUUCUCGGACGUGCUGGUCCGCUGCGAGGUGUCCCGCGUGCUGCUGCUGCUCCUGCUGCAGCCGCCGCCCGCCAAGCUCUUGCCGGAGCAUGCCCACACCCUGGAGAAAUACUGCUGGGAGGCCUUUGACGGCCACGGGCAGGAGGCUAGCGGCCCUCUUCCCGAGGAGCUCUUCCUGCUGCUCCAGUCCUUGGUCAUGGCCACCCACGAGAAGGACACGGAAGCCGUCAAGUCGCUGCAGGUGGAGAUGUGGCCGCUGUUGAGUGCCGAGCAGAACCACCUCCUUCACCUCGUGCUGCAGGAGAGCAUCUCCCCCUCGGGCCAGGGGAUCUGACGAGUCACAUGAUCCCGGUGCCUUCCCUCUCGCCUGUUCCCAGACCUCACGCAUCCACCUUUGCGUUUAGGGGGAAAUAAAAGACGAUGGUCCCGGA